AACCCCAACGCCUUGCUGUAUUCCAUUGCGCGAGAAACAGUCCCGCUCUCCAUUAGCUGAUAGCUUGUGAGUAAGAGUGGAAAGGGUUUCAUUCCGUUACUCGUCGUUCUUAGGGAAUUCUAUAGGCAAAGCAAACACAUUUGCCUCGGCUGUGCGACGAUGGUCUACGUCCCUUUAUUUUCAGCCCUCUCCGUCGCCGCCAGUUUGGCUUGUCUGGCUUCGGCUGAGGACUCACUCUAUAGCAAGCGUUUAUCGAAGCGCUUCGUCGAUGCGGAAGGCAACUUCAAUAUUUCGUUCUACCACAUUAAUGAUGUGCACGCGCAUCUAGACGAGUUCUCUUCGUCGGGGACUGAUUGUACAAAUCCUUCAAAGGGUUGUUAUGGUGGUUAUGCUCGAGUCAAGACCGUCAUCGACGACACACGACCAGAUCAUAACGACAGCUUGUUGUUAAACGUGGGAGAUGAGUUCCAGGGUACUCUGUUCUAUUCGUUCUACGGCGGUGAAAAAAUCGCCGAAACCCUGAAUCAACUCGGGUUUGACGCCAUGACUUUAGGAAAUCAUGAAUUUGAUGGCGGCGACGAGAAGUUGGGCGACUUCUUAAAGAACCUAACUUUCCCGAUCGUGUCUGCAAAUAUCGUAUCGAAAAACGAGAAGCUGAACUCUACCAUCAAACCGUAUCAUAUCUUCGAGCAGUACCAACUCGCCGUUAUUGGUGUGACAACUGAGACCACAGCCGGUAUCAGCAAUCCAGGCAACGGCACCAAGUUCACAGAUGCGAUUGCCGCGGUCCAGGCUUCGAUUGACGAAAUCCGCAGCACGACCAACAUCACUCGAAUUGCGGCCAUCACGCAUAUCGGAUACGAAGAAGACAAGCGCCUGGCCCGCGAGACGACCGGUCUUCACCUCAUCAUGGGCGGUCACAGUCACACGUUGCUCGGAGAUAUGGAGGGUGCCGAAGGUAAAUAUCCCACUAUCGAGGCAAAUAAGGAUGGCGAUGAGGUCUUCAUUGUUACUGCUUACCGUUGGGGGGAGUAUUUGGGUUACAUCGACGUUACAUACAACCAGGAAGGGAAAAUACUUGCGUAUCACGGCGCCCCGAUUCAUCUAACGAACACCACCAAGCAAGACGAAGGUCUGCAGGCGCAGGUUGAAGAAUGGAGGAAGCCGUUUGAAAAGUUUGCUACAGAGGAGAUUGGCACCACGAACGUUGUACUUGACCAGACAACCUGCCAGAAGCAAGAAUGUAGCCUGGGAGACUUGGUAUCCGAUUCGAUCCUACAGUACCGAGUAGACAGUGGAAGCAAAGCAGCCUUUGCUUUCACGAAUGCGGGAGGCAUCCGCGCUACCAUCGACGCCGGCCCCAUUACAAGAGGCGAGGUGCUCACGUCAUUUCCUUUCGGCAACGCCGUGGUUGAGGUUCAGUAUAGCGGGGCGGAUCUGUGGAAAAUAUUCGAGGGCCUCGUCAGCGGAGUCAAUCAGUUUAACCAGCGAAAGGUCACCAGCUUUUUCCAGAUUAGCCGUGGCAUUAAAGUCGAAUACGACCCAAAUAAAGCUAUCGGCGAGCGCCUCGUGCGGCUUACUAUCGGCGACAAACCCGUCGAUUCGGAGACUCGGUAUACAGUCGUCACAGUUGAUUUCAUAACGGGCGGAGGCGAUAAUAUACUAGAGCCAGUUCAAGAUGUAGUUGUCCUCGAUACUAUGGACGAGGUAUUGGUGAACUAUAUCCAGAAGGCCAGCCCGAUUGACUUCCAGCUUGAUGGUAGGAUAACUACCGUGAACGGUAGUGACUCGGGGAGUGCUGCUACGUCAACGGGUGCCGUUCCUGCGCAGACUACAAUACCGAAUGAGACCAGGCGAGUGAGGGGCGCGAUGCCAAUAUACCUAGGACUUGUGGCUGCCAUGCUAAGCAUUAUAGCAUUGCUAUAGGGUUUUAAACCGAACAAGCGGCAUUAGGAUUAUAUGACAUCUUUGACCAUGCUUUUAAUCGUCCGAGGCCGUUUGCACUUUUCUUUUCUUCCUUGCUUUCCAGUCUUCCAAAUGUAGGCACUUUCAGCUCUGACGCUUCCGUCCGCUCAUAUAUGCGUGUUUUCCACCGAGCUAGCAUUAUUUAUCUACUUGGGCACAUACUAGCUGAUUACAAUCGUGAUUAAACAUCGCUAAGGGCUCAUAUGGUAACACUGAAACUGAUGUUAUAAGGCGGCAUACUAAUCAUUCCAUUAUACUACUUAAUUCUUUGGA